ACGAACUCACAGAAGCCUAUUGUUUUAUACAGUGUUAUAUCUUGAUUUCCCCAGGCCAACGACAAGCUUUCGUGAUAGUUCGUUGAAGUAUUCAAAGACUUUUUGACGUCAUUCAAUGAAGAUGGAAUUCCUGAUACAAUAAACAUUUUCACAUCAAAUACGUACAGACGUCGCCCAUGUUUUUAAUCCACUGUGUAUUCGUGAAUGUAAUAUAUGGAGCUAGUUGUUUCUACUGUAGACUGAAUAAAUGUCACUCGAUUAGAAAUGAGAUUCAUGCGUGGUUUCCAGACGAUACUUAACUCUGGAAAACGUUUACCUACAUCGCUAAAGUAAUAUGCUUCGAACAUUUUGUUCGUAUACUGAACAAAUAACAUUGCGGAGUAACUAGACGAUAUUUGAAUAUUUAUCUUAUGAUGUUAUUAGCUGUAAAGAAACGUGGUAGCCAACCCAUAUGAAUAUACGGAAGAUAGAACUUUAGUUAAUCUUAUCAUGUAUCACAUUAUUGAUUACUUAGUAUUAUUUGUUUAUAUCUGUUAACAUUGACAGUUGUUUGGAUAUCAUUGCAGCCUACUCCAGAAGGUAGAUAUACAUUUUACUCUCAUAGUGUGUUCCUUGUUAUAACUUGUACACUGUACAAUUUUGGGAAAAUCUUGGACGGCAGACAAACAUGACAACACAAGAGAAUACGUGGACGUAUAUGAAGAUACCGUAAAAGAUAUUGAAUGAUUCCUACUAAUCGAUAUAUGCAUAUCUACACAAAUCAACAGCACCAAACCAUUUUGUCUUUUGUCUAAGAGAGAAAGCUAAGGGGCUUACCUUCUGCGGUGAUUUCCACAACAAACGAACUGAUCUAAUGGAGGGUUGAUUAGUUCUGUGACAAUAAGACAAUUCCACAUUUGGUACUGGUGUUUGUAUGUUCUGUGGAUAGAUGAACCACUUGCUGAUUCAAAUCAAGAUAUCUAAAAGAAAGUGUUACAACAUAUGGACAUGUCAAAACUACCCGGAUUAGUGGUAUUGUGGAUAUGGAUGAUGACGGAUUUUAUAGGAAGUUCUCCAUCAGGUCCGCGAGGCUAUCGCUGGAGUGAUUGGCAGCCGUGCAGUACGGGAUGUACGAGUGCCAACAUGCGAUUCCGAAUCUGUGAAUAUCAAAACAACAACGGCCAAUCACAAUGCACUCCUGGUGUAAGAGAGGAAGAUAUCGAUCCAAAUGUUCCACUAGUUGCUGAUGAAAUCACCACAACAACUGAAACAACUACCACAACAGAAGUAUCAACUACCACAACGGUAAGUGAAACAACUACCACAACAGAAGUAGCAACUACCACAACAGAAGUACCAACAACCACAACAGUAAGUGAAACAACAACCACAACACCAAGUGAAACAACUACUACAACAGCAAGUGAAACAACUACCACAACAGAAGUACCAACUACCACAACAGAAGUAGCAACAACCACAACACCAAGUGAAACAACUACCACAACAGCAAGUGAAACAACUACCACAACAGAAGUACCAACUACCACAACAGUAAGUGAAACAACAACCGCAACAACAAGUGAAACAAUGACCCCAACAAUGAGCAUACUAAGUGUUGAUACCACAACCAAAACAGGCAAUGCAACAACAGCUUUAAGCACAGUAACCGUUUAUGAUGUAACUCUGGUUGGGAGUAGUCCAAAUACAAGUUGUAUGUGUGAAUGUUACCAAAUAAUGUGGUCGGCGGGCGGUUUAAAUCUGACUGAUGAGGAGGCUGAGAAAUUAAUUGCUGAACUACGACAACAGCUAGCCGUUAACGUUUCACAACUGUCCUCAACGAUCAGAAAGAAAAUAAGUGUACCCGACGAUCGCAUGUCAUCAGCCGCCAUGGGUUAUAUCAGUGGAAUAGUUUUGGCAUUGAUAGCUUUCGUUGUGAUUGGUGGUGACGUGAUUGUCUUAAUUAGACGGCUAGGAGGAUAGCUGUGACAAUUUCAUGAUUCACAUGAUCAUCGUAGAGAUGUUUUAAUUUACUCCGUCAUCGUCAGAUAUAAUUACAAUUAACGCUUUACGUAAAUGCAAGAUCAUGAUUACAACUAUUACCCUGUAGUUUUGCAUUAGCAAUAAAAGUAAUGUUUUGAGUAACCAACGUAUAUGUGCAACGUAUUAUGUUGGUGAUAAUUUCUACAUCAUUUGAUGUUUAAUCGACGUCAAUAUAUAUCAAAUAUGUCUCUUGAACAUUCUUGAAAGAAAACCGUUUAUUUUACAACAAUUACGAAACGAAACAAGCUAUAUAAACUAUAUAAAUCACUCUUGUUGGUCCGGAACAAUCCCAUACCUUUUCAUGUCCAUUCGAUGAAUUAAACUCCGGCCGCCUAAAGACAAGUAUGUAAUUACUGUACCCCCAGACUACCCUAUAUUAUGUGCUAAUCGGCUGAUUUUUAGAUAAAUCAUUGUUUUAUCGCGGGAGAGCUCGUCGUGAGAGAAGGAACAUUGCAAUAUAUAAAUAUUCAUCUGGACAUGGAUGGUUAUGCCUGAGGCAUCUUCCAGUACAUUCACAUUCUGUGUUGCAUUUGCUUAUAUGCCGCGAUUAAACCAAAUUGUUGCUAUGAGAUUAUAUACUACAAUUGACAAUUAUUCGGUCAGUGUGGGAAUACAGUUCCAGGGGUUGUAGAUUAAUAAACCAGUUGAUGGUUGCCAGUUACUUUCAGCAUCAACAUGCCUAGAGAGCUUUUGAAAUUUGUUAGCAUUUAGUCACAUAAGUCACCACAAAUAUAAAGCUUGUUAAUGAUUUAAUGAAAUUCGUUUAAACUAAAAUUUGUAUUAACGUUACUGGCAGAAUAAAUUCAGCUAUAGGCGAUGUUAAAUCGGGCAUUCUGAUUUUGAUAAUGGAUGAAAGAAUCAGAUGGCAAAAAUUGAACUUAAUGUAUGUUAUAACAGUUUGAUUCUGAAAACGUAUUUUAUCCAUUGUUAUACUGAACACAAUAAGUCGGAAUUAAUAAUAUUGUAGAUGAAAUAAGAAAAGAUAUAUUUUAUAAACUAUGUUCAUCCAGUUAAUGUCAGUCUGAAGCCAGACGUUCAAUGGUUGCGGAUGAGUUUUGUACUGUUAUCACCACCCUGAUUCUCUUUUUAGGCUGCCCUGCAGGUAGGGCGUAAGAAUUGUACCUGCUGCUCCCAUUGCAUGAUCGUAAGAGGCGACUAAAUUUGGGAUCUUA